AUGGCAGCAAGCUUCGCAGUCAAGUCUCUAGACCAUUUUGUUCUUACAGUCCGCUCCAUUCCAGAGACAGUGGCUUUCUACAAGACGCAUUUAGGGAUGCGUCACGAGGUCUUCACCUCACCGGCCAACCCCGCCGUUCAAAGGCAUGCUCUCCUCUUCGGCAGCCAGAAAAUUAACCUUCAUCAAUCAGGCAAAGAGUUUGAGCCCAAAGCGCAGAAUGUCAUGCCGGGGAGUGGAGACUUGUGCUUUUUGACGGAUGAGAAUGUGGAAAAGGUGCUGCAAGCUUUUCAAAAAGCAAAGAUUGAGGUAUUGGAGGGAGCCAAGAUCGUGGAUCGAACCGGGGCAAUUGGCAAGCUUCGGAGUGUCUAUGUGAGGGAUCCUGAUGGUAACUUGAUUGAAGUUUCAAAUUACUCAUGA